CCACAGUUUCCCAGUUCCCAGUCGAAGCAACCGCUGCAGCAGGUGUCCCGCCCCAAAAAACCCUGUAUCAGAAUCAGAAUCAGAGAUCCAGAACCAGGACAGCAUGAAGCUGGACGAGAAGCAGAAGCGACUGGGCCAGGAGCCACCCAAGUACCUCAACGAGGACUUCUUCAAGGCUGCCUUGGAGGAUGGACUGCGUGACAUGCGGGUGGACAUCAAGAAGAUCAUCUUCGCGGAGUCGAGCGGCGGAGGCGGUGAGAACUACUGCAGCAAGAUAUACAGGGCCAAGGCAUUGUAUCGCAGCAGCAAGAGGCAGCUGGACGAGGAGCUGGCCCUGAUUGUCAAGAGCAUCGCCAUCACGCCGGCCACCCAGUUCCUCGAGGAGCUGGCCGUCUAUCUGCGCGAGAAGAUAUUCUACUUCGAUGUCCUUGGCAAGCUGGAGGUCCUGAUCGGCGACGGGUCCAAGUUCGGGGCCAAGUGCCUCUACACCACCCGCGAGCCCAUCCAGACGAUCGUCUUCGACGACCUCACCCAGUACGGCUACAAGCUGGCCAGCCGGCAGAGUGGCCUCAACGAGGAGCACUGCGUGGUCAUCCUCAAGAAGCUGGGCAAGUUCCACGCCAGCUCCAUGCUGCUAGCCGAGAAGGAGCCGAGUGUCCGGGAGCACUUCACCACCGGAAUGCUGGACGAGAACUACAUCCGCACCAACGAGCGGUUCAUCAACUUCAUGACCCUCCAGUGCCGGACUUUGGCCAACGUGGUGGCCAAGUGGCCCGGAUACGAGUUGCUGGCCGAGAAGCUGCACCGCCACUGCGACGACAUCAAGGAGAACCUCGUGACCACCGGCCGUACACUGCCCGGAGAGAUCACUGUACUGAACCACGGCGACCUGUGGGUGAACAACUUCAUGUACAAAUACGACGACGAGCAGCCCACCAAGCCCAUCGAUGCCAUAUUCGUGGACUUCCAGAACAGCUUCUUCGGCAGCCCGGGCUGCGACAUCAACUUCUUCCUGAACAGCAGCGUCCAGCUGGACGUGCUGAUCCACCGGCGCGAGUUCCUCAUCCAGACGUACUACGCCUCCUUGCGGGACAGCCUGGAGCGGAUGCACUCGUCAUUUGUGCCCAGCUAUGCGGAUAUCCAGCAGGAGAUCCGGGCGAGGGAGCUGUACGGGUUCUUCUCCUCCUACGCCUUCCUGCCGAUGGUCACCAUGAAGAAGGAGGACUCGUACGACAUCAGCAUCGAGGCCCUGACGGACCAGGACUUCGCCAAGAAGAAGGUCCAGCUGAUGUUCUCCUCCAAUCCCCGCACCACGGACACCCUGCGCUACGCCCUGCGCCGUUUCGACGAGCUGGGCAUAUUCGAUUGAUCACCGAUUUCCGAUCGCGGAUCUCCAAGGAUCUCCAAGGAUCCCAGAUCCCAGAUCCCCAAAUCCUUCGAUCCAUAGGCUUAUCAAUUCUUUCGCUACUUUUACUAAUCGC